UUCAUAACCGAGAGUGAGAGGUUUUAAGCGAUAACCCUCGUCGUCGUCGGGAUUAAAAACAUUUACAGAUCAAAGCAAAGCUCUAUCUGGUCAGCGAGAGACCAUGUCGUGGAUGAAAGGAGAUUUACUAUCCAAAAGCAGGAGGCUUGUUGGUGGAUUGGCUAUGCGUGAGCCUGUUUGGCUUAAAGCCAUGGAAGCAUCACCACCUCCUGUCUUUCCUCGCUCUAAUGGGAACCUCAAGAAGAUUGUUCUCCCUGAAGAUUCCUACGUUCGUAGAUUCGCACGCAAGCAUCCUGAAGCGAAACUCGUCGACCCCAUCAAGGCUUCGGCGUUUAUUCCAGAUCCAGCUCGGGUAUAUGGUUGUCGUGUCCUUGAACUGACCAAGAAUGGCAUCAGCGAGGAUGACGCCAUGUCUGUUGCUAAUAUGGAGUACCUUGCAGAGAGGAAGGAAAUGAAGAAAGCAUACAAACGCCUAAAAGAGCUAGCGGUACUGCAAGACAAGACUCCUCCUCCUAAACCGUAUCUUAGUUCCAAAACAGAGAUGCAAAUCCAAGAGAAGAAACCCCCCACGGAUCCUCCUAGCGUCCGCAGGCUUGUUAACCAGCUGAAACAGCAGAAAGAGGUGUUGCUCCAGGACAAACCUGGAGGAAAUGCUAAUCAGGACCAUUGGAUCGACGAAUAAACUCUCCAUCAUCCUUUUUCUUUUGUGCAACUUCUCAUCCAAUUUAUAUUACCAUAUGGUAGAACCAGUCUUUUGACAUUCUUUAUCUAAAAUAUAUUUUCCAACAAACAAUUGUUAUUUCCAUUUGAUUAUCUUUAUAAUAAUGUCAUUGGAUGUGA